GGAGCAGGAGAGUUGUUUUUCAGACCAACUUCCUUCUGUUCUUAAAAUUAAUUCCAGCCCUGGGAGUCAAUAAAUGAAGUUUGUUUGCAAUCUAUUCCACAAAAUAUCCAGUUAAAUAUCUGAGGAUAUUUCGGGGAUUGGACUUGGGUGGCAGGAGUAACCACCAAGACUAGGGAAACGUCAAGGGAACUACCCAGGUUGAGUCGCUGGGAUAUAGGCGGGGAAGGCGAGUCCUGGCAGAAGGCCCGGGAAGCCGUCGUUUCUCCAUACCCACCAGGGACGCCUAAGUCAUCAGGACAAUGCCUGGCACAGGGCACAUUCAAGGUCCUGCAGGAUGCUUCCUGUUACACCCCUCCUCCCACCAACAUCCCUCAUUGCAAAAUUUCCCAGAAGGGUGGUGGAUGGAGUGGUUGGGUGGAAGAUUGGUGGGGUGUGACCAGGGUUCACAGAGGAGGAAACAGAGUGACAUUCCAGGGUUACACAAUCUCUCAGAGACCCGCAACGGGUGUGUGGAGCCUUGACGCCAGGGAGUGCCGCUGUGUAUAGCAAAGAGGCCCGCGAAGCCAAAGCCCUUCCCAGAUCCCGCCGGGGACCCCAAGGCUCUGAGGACCCACCUAUCAACCAUGGUGCGCGCGCCCGGCCCGCUGCUGCUGCCGCUGCUGCUGCCGCUGCUGCACGUCUCUGCGACCACACCAGACCCCUGCGAGAUAGACGAUGACGAUUUCCGCUGCGUGUGCAACUUCACGGAUCCACAGCCCAACUGGUCCAGCGCCUUCCAGUGUAUGAGUGCUGUGGAGGUGGAGAUUCGUGGCGGUGGCCGCAGCCUGCAACAGUUUAUAAAGAUCGUCGACACAGAGCCUAAGCAAUAUGUUGACUUGAUCAAGACUCUGCGCUGGCGGCGGCUUACGGUGGGAGCUGCACAGGUUCCUGUUCGGCUUCUGUUCGCCGUCCUGCGUGCCCUCGGCUACUCCCGCCUCGAGGAACUGACGCUGGAGGACUUGGAAGUAACCGGCACCACGCCGCCGCCUCCUCUGGAAACCACUGGGCCUGCGCUUGUCACCCUCAGUCUUCGUAACUUGUCGUGGGCAAUAGAAGGUACUUGGCUUGCCGAGCUGCAGCAGUGGCUCAAGCCAGGCCUCAAAGUACUGAACAUUGCGCAAGCACACUCGCUCGCCUUUUCCUGCGCAGAGCUCCACGCCUUCCCCGCACUCACCACCUUAGACCUGUCUGACAAUCCGGGACUGGGCGACAGCGGACUGACUGCAGCUCUCUGUCCGCACAAGUUUCCGGCCCUCCAGGAGCUAGUGCUACGCAACGCGGGGAUAGAGACGACCAACGGCGUGUGCGUGGCGCUGGCGGCGGCAGGUGUGCAACCCCACCGCCUAGACCUCAGCCACAACUCGCUGCGCGCCACUGCCCCGGACGCUCCCGGGUGCGUCUGGCCCAGCGCACUGAGCUCUCUCAACCUGUCGUUCGCUGGCCUGGAGCAAGUGCCUAAAGGACUGCCGGCCAGCCUCAGUGUGCUUGAUCUCAGCUGCAAUAGGCUGAAAAGGGCGCCGCGGCCAGAUGAGCUGCCCAAAGUGAGUAGCCUGACAUUGGACGGGAAUCCCUUUCUGGACUCUGGAGCUCCUAACCACCAAGAAAACCCGAAUAACUCCGGUUUGGUCCCAGCCUGUGCGCGUUCGAUCCUGGCCGUGGGGAUGACAGGAACUCUGGCGCUGCUUCAAGGGGCCGGGAACUUCGCCUAAGGCCCAGGAGAGAAGAAUCAAUUGGUUCAGGUUGCCCUUGCUGGGG